AUGGUUCCCAGCGACCUUGAUCGCGACGGGAUUCGGCAUUUAACCGCCGCAACCGGCGCAGCUCCUCACGGGGGCACCGGCCGCGAAGGAUGUGACGUCAUCAAUGACCGCGCCGCGGUUGCACUGCUAGACGCGCGGCGGGAGCAGACACAGCAUGACGGCGCCGGGCCGGCGUCGCGAGUCGCCACGGAAACUUCAUCCGCGGCGGAUGUGGAGCAAUGGCUGCGCGCGCUGGAAGAGGUUAGCGGCGCGACAGACGGCGACAUUGCCGGCGCGGCGCUGGCGCCAGGCUUGCAGAUUCCCCUCGACUUGCUCCAACAGUCUGCCGACGCCGCGUUGUUCGCUCAGCUUCAGAUGCUCUCCUCGCCGCCAUUCGACGUGGCGUCGGCACUUGAACUUCACGACACGGUGGUAACCAGACCUGUGACCGGCGGAGCGAGUUCCUUCGCGCAGAACGUUCCGACAGCGACCUCAGGCCCAAUCGCGCGACACGGAUUUUCCGCGCCGUUUGGUGUGGAAUCUCCGCGCUUGUCGGCCACUGGAAGCGUAUCCGAUCAGAACCAACGGCGCUUCGCGACUCGGGGUCGUGACGGCGACGCGAGCCGCAACUUUCAGGCUUUGACUCUCACCCGGCCUGGGGACGCCACAGUAACAACAGCGACUCCGAGUCAGGCUGAGCGAGACGCGUUCCCUGGCGGCGACUGCCGCUUUACUAGCGGCGGCGGCUCCACGUUCCCCCCAAUCUCCCCGACUGGCGGAAUCUCCCCGCACCACCCGACGACCCACAGUCGCGGCGCGGCUGGCGGCGCCGCCGCGGCGACUCAGAAGGGGUCGCUGCUCGCCGCGCCCUCCGCCGCCGGAUCCGGCGCCCUCCCGCUGUCCAAAUGCGCGAGCAGCAAGCUCGCUUUGGAAAUGCUGCACAAAAUGCGGCAAGGCGGGUUGGUGUUACCAGGAGUGCUAGCACCUGGUGCGCCCAUGCUCUCCGCUUCUGAUGCUGCUAUGCUCGCGAAUGAUGGCGCAUUUGGGGGUUUCGACGGUGCGGAAGACAUCAAGACAGAAAUCACGGCCGCUCGUGCUGCUCCUACUUCUGCUUCUGCUCCUGCUCCUGCUCCUGCGUCUGCUCCAGCUCGUGUUUCUCCUUCUCCUGCUACCCCGGCACUUUCCGGCGUCCCACAGUCGCUGAUAAGCAUGCGUGGGGCGGAUGCGUCGGGUGCACUGCUGAUCGGGAGCCGGCCAAGCCAACCGGCUGUGAGAUGUCCACGCACGGCAAAUCGGCCGAACCAAGCAGGCGUGAAGUCACUGCGAGCAUUAGCAGGAGAGGGGGGAACCCCUGGUGAUGCGAGACGCGGCAGCGGGGAUGGAAGCACGCAGGCGCUGGACUCACCCCGCGUGGGCACAUCAGAUGCAGGAGGGGCAGCAGCAACAGCAGCAGCAGCAGCAGCAGAAGCAGCGGCGGCGACGGUGGCAGUACGGGCGGCAGGAGUGAAAGCCCAGACGUUGUCGGAAGGCCGAGGAGGUGCGGGACCUGCCACGUCAACGCCGUUGUCAGGAGGCGGGGCGGGUUUGUCGGCUGGAUUGUCGGCGGAGGAUGACUGGCGGCCGCGCAGCCGAACGCGGUUUGAUGCUGAGGCGAUGCGGAAGGGGGAGAUCAAGCCACGGAGCAUGAAGGAGAGACGGCGGAGAGACAAGAUCAGUGAGGGGUUGAGGCAGCUAAGGCAAGCCAUACCAGAAAGUCUUCUGGUUGCACAACAAGAUAUGGGUGCUAUGAUCGAAGCAGCAGUACUACACAUAAGCAAUCUACAGGCCCGAGUGAGCAAGCUCGAAAGAGGUGAAGCAAUUGAAGAGAUUGUAGACAGAAUGCAGCCAUGA